CAUUACAGUAUUCAAGUGUUUUGACAAUCAUGUUAAACUUUAAUCGCCUUUAUGGAAAAUCAGUUGAGUAUAUACCCUGCAUUCCGUAUUCGGAUUUCAUGGUCGUAAAAAGAUUUAAACAUCGCCAUUGUAUGAAGAACUGGUACAAAACAUUGGAGGUGUCGGAAGAUUGUGAGGAUGAAGUUCUAAGGUUGGCAUUUGUUUACCUAGCAAAACGGUUUCAUCCAGAUAGUGGUACAUCUGAAGCUAACGCUACCAAAUUUUCUGAGAUUGAGAAUGCUUACAGACAGAUUCGUAAGGCAAGAAUGGAGCAAAAAGAAAAAAAGGAUGUGAAGUUGUCUUAUGUUGAAGAAUUUGACAUUAAACAUACAGCACCACAACAUCGUCAUUAUUUAACUUACAAUGUAGGAAUUGGAACAUACAGUAAAAGACAAAAGUUAUAUACAGCAGAGAGGGCUCAGAAAGCAGUUGAUAAUGUGACAGAGCAUAGGUUGAAAAAGUUGCAUGCCGAGGAACGUAACACAUUAGUUGGACAAGAUAAAGAGCGUGCUAAAGAUAUUAAAACACGUUUUGGUAUGGAUCGGUUGGUAGAAGAUUUAAUUCAGGAAGCAAUGAAUAAAGGUGAAUUUAAGAACCUACCUGGAAUGGGUAAACCUCUAAAAGAAAAUACGAUUACCCGAAACCCAUACGUUGACUUCGUUACUUAUAAACUAAACGAGGUAUUAAUAGAAAAUGGAUUUACUCCGGAAUGGAUACAACUAUCUAAAGAAAUUAGGGAAGAAACCGAAAAUUUACGAAAGCAAUUAAAACAAGCACGAAACGAAGUGGGUCCUCUCCCGUUAAGUUGCGCAGACGAAGCAUCUUGGAAGAAUAUUGUACAAGACUUUAGAUCUACAACAAAACGUGUAAAUAAUAAAAUAGAUAAAUACAAUUUAUUAGUACCGAUACUUCAGAAACAAAUGUUUCAUAUUAAAUUGGAAGAUCUUGCAGAACAAGCACUUUCUACACCUCCAGAGAAAAUAAAUAGAAAACGUUCUAAUAGUAUUGUUAAUAACCAUGACGAAGGUAUACUUGGACUGAUAUCUUCAAUUAUUAAUAAAAAAAUUUCAUAGGAAAUAAAAUAUAGUCUUUGUGAGUUUUCUGUUAACGGAGCUCCAGAGCUCUGUAGUUCUGUGAAUAAUAAACUACGUAUCUGAAUAAAAAAUAUAAUUCGA